UAUAUAUCUCUUUCCCCAAAACUAAACAAAAAAAAAAAUUCCCAAACAAAACUUUGUUUUUUACUUGAGCUGGAAAUACCUAGAACAUUGCAAAAUCAAAACUUAUUCUUAUCGUGCGUCUGCUAGAAACAACUAGAACACGGACUAAAUUCUAUCCUGACCGACAGCUAUUAUAAUAUCUUUCCCUUAACCAAAGUAACUUAAUCUGAAAUCUUAACAAGAAUCCAACGAGCUCAAAAACAAAUCGGAGACAUCCGGUAAAUCUGAGAACGGACGAUGUUCUUUUUCUUCGCUGGUGGAUUAGGGCAACAGGUGAGGCAGGUGCUCAAAUCCAACGCCGGAAAAUGCAUACGAUGUGGCUCUGAAGCCGAUUUGGUGGAUUACGACAAAGUCUUGAAGCUGUUCUUCGUUCCUGUCUGGAGAUGGCCCGGGAAAGACCCUGUGCUCCAUUGUAGAGACUGCGAUCUGUUUUUCCCUCAGUCUCUUUCACCGCCGAUUUCUCUAUCUAGGUGCCGUUUCUGCGAUCGAGUCGUAGAGCCUGAAUUUCGUUUCUGCCCCUUUUGUGGCUCUUCUCUGUGAAUUUUGGCGUGUCCAAAAAGUUGUCCUUAAAUCUACAAAGUUGAUUUCAUCUCUCACUAAAAGUUGUCUAUAUGGAGUUUUAUUGUAAGUUACUGAAUAUUUGAGUUGUGUGGUCUUUCUUGCAAAAUCUUUAAGACUUCCCGUGUGUGUUGCUUACUCAUUGACUUUCUAUGGUCGGAUG